AUGGCCGAAGACUUGGACACCAGUCAGAUCAAGGAAUGGCGGUCUAUCGUCACGCUUAUUGUCUUUCUGUUGACCAACAUUGUGGUCCUCUUUCCAUUCAAAAUUCCGAUAUAUGUGCCGCGAAGUUGUUACAACGCCGUGCUCGACGUGCUGAGCGCCUGCCGCAUAAUACCACCUAGGCGACAUGGAAAUGCGCAGAACAGAGGCAGCAACGAGUCUUCAAAAUUCGUGCGCAUGAAUUUUUCUAUGAGUUUUUCGACCGCGCCAUUGAUUGCAGAUCUCUUUNUGUUGGCAAUUUCGGCUAUUGGACGACAGGAAGUGCAUGAUGGCACCGUCGGCGCUGACAACAUCAGUCCUAUCGACAUUAUGGUGUUCUUCGUGACUCUGGCUUACAUCGCCAUCUCCAUCGAUGCAUCCGGACUCAUCAGAUUCUUGGCCUUCAAGGUGCUCCAANAAGGAGGCAAAGUAGGCCAUUUACUCUUCUUCUACUUGUACGCAUUUUUCUUCAGUCUGGGUGCUUUUGUAGGAAAUGAUCCGAUCAUUUUGUCUGGCACGGCUUUCCUGGCAUACAUGACACGAGUCUCUAGCAACAUCGACCACCCUAGGGCAUGGAUGUAUGCUCAGUUUUCCAUUGCAAACAUUGCUUCGGCCAUUCUGGUCUCGUCAAAUCCGACAAACCUGGUACUCGCUGGAGCCUUUCAGAUCAAGUUCAUUGUGUAUACCGCCAACAUGAUUGUGCCCGUUGUGGUUACCGCGAUUGUUCUGUUCCCUUUCUUGCUGUACGUUGUCUUUGCAAGUCCACAGCUUAUUCCGCUCUCAAUCGAGAUGGAGACUCUGUCGGAUGAGGCANAAAGCAAGAAACCAGUUAAUCCGAAUAUUCCUCAGGCGAAAGGAAAGGAAGCGGAAGACGAUGAAGAAGAAUCUCCUGAAAACAAGGAGCUUGCACUCGCAGAAAUCAUGAAUCCUUUCUUGGAUAAGGGUGGUGCAACGUUUGGAUCCGUUGUCAUGGCAGUCGCACUCAUUACACUGCUCGGAAUCAACGCAGCUAGUUCAGCUAUUGGAGAGCAUCCCGUAUUCUGGAUAACUUUACCGGCCGCGACCAUCAUGUUUUGUUGGGAUGUCGCGUACGGGUGGAGACACCGCAAGGAAACCCGCGAGAUCGCUAAGAGACGUCAAGCGGAAUUUAGACAAACGCAAGAAGAGCGAGUCAGUAGUGAACGACAAACUGGUGGCAUGUUUCAAACACCAGGGGCCUCAAGCUCGUUCGUCCACGUCGUACCACCCACACCAGAAGUCGCAGGUUCGGAGAAGAGCAUUCGAUCAGUGGCAAACACGAGCCCCAAUACCGACUCAACACUACUUCCUACCAACUCGACAAACGACAGAUUGACAAAUAAAGAAGCAUCAAGAUACGCAUCGACUCAGCUAUCGCCGCCAUCACAUGAGACAAACUACUCACACAGCGAAAAGCUAGACUCAGCGUUGGAUAAAGCUAUAGAUGAAGAGAAAACACGGCCGUGUUGGGAUGACACGCACGACCAGCCUACAUCUCUAGUCUCAUUCAUUGAGGCUAAGUAUAGAUGGUUGAAAGAGACUUUCCCUACUGUUAUGGCAGUCUUGGGUCACCUUCCACUCAAGCUCGUCCCAUUCGCACUCUCAAUGUUUGUGCUUAUCCAGGGACUUGUCACCAAAGGUUGGGUGCCUGUGUUCGCGUAUGGAUGGGACCACUGGGUAUCCAAGACCGGUACCAUUGGUGCGAUCGGCGGGAUGGGUUUCCUCGGUGUCAUUCUUUGCAACUUCGCAGGAACAAACAUUGGCACAACCAUUCUGCUUUCUCGUGUCAUUCAAGCCUGGCAGCAGAUCCACAUCAACAAUGGUAUACCCAUUACGGACCGCACUUUCUGGGCAACCGUAUACGCCAUGGCACUUGGAGUCAACUACGGAGCCUUCAGCAUUGCGUUUAGUGCCUCGCUGGCUGGUUUGCUAUGGCGGGACAUCCUUUCUCGCAAGCAUAUCCAUGUCAGACGGCUAGACUUUGCACGCGAGAACAUCCCCAUCAUCGCCGUGGCAAUGGUGGUCGGCUGUGCGGUUCUGGUUGGUGAGAUCUACAUCAUAAGAGACAACUCGCCGUAUAAAAUGGGAUAG